CUGAGAAAGAAACUGCUUCAGUUUCCAGAAAAUGAAAGUAGAAGAGCCUUGCUGUUCUUUUAAAACACAAGUCUCCACACAUAAGGAAUUAGAUUACCUACCGGUCACACAAACGAAGAGAGUGGGAGUAAAAAGUCUUAUUAACAGCUGUUCAACAACAUGCUCAAUUUAAAUGGCAGACAAAAUGGCAAAAAGGAAGAAGACUAUGCUGGGAAGAAACUCAAAGCACUUCCCACUGAGCUACUACAGAGAGGACAAGAUGCAGUCAAGGUCGACCUACAACGCAAUAGACUCAAACAAAUCACUGGUAUCUCUCAACUGUUAAACCUGACAGAGCUCAACCUAAGCAGGAAUGAGAUGACUGAUUUUCCCUCGGAGAUUAAGGCGUUAUGCAACUUAGUAAAACUCUAUAUGAAUCAGAACAAAAUGAAAACCAUUCCAGAAAAUGUUUUCCCGUCAUUGGAAAGAUUACAGUUCCUAAAGUUGAGCACCAAUCAGCUUGACACGCUACCGCAAGAUAUGAACAAGUGCCAGAGUCUCACCUACUUGAACCUGUCCAACAACUGCCUGAGAAAUCUGGAACCUCUUGUGGGUCUUCCUUGCCUUAAAGAACUAUAUGUUGAGAGGAACCAGUUAGCUGAGCUACCAGAUUUGCUGUUUCAAAACAAUUGCUUAACUCAUUUCAAAGCCAUUGGCAACCCUCUAAGAAAGCCCCCUGAGGAGGUCUGUGCUGGGGGAUUGAGAGAUGUCCAGAAUUACUUUUCAAUGCUAGAGGAAAACUCCUCAGAUGUUUAUACUGUAAAGACCAUGUUUCUGGGGUCCUCUAUGGCAGGGAAAUCCACUCUGUGCCGCAGUCUAAAGCAGGGAUGCCCUGUACCAGUGGCUGAGGCUGAUCGUACAAUUGGAAUUGAAAUCAGUGAAGUUGAGAGUGAUGGUAUCCGUUUUUACUUUUGGGACUUUGCAGGACAAGAGGAAUACUAUAUAACCCAUCAUGUAUUUAUAACAGCUCAAGCCUUUGUCAUACUUGCCAUCGAUCUUGCCAGCUACCAGAUUAAGAAUCCCCAGUCUUUCAAUGAGAAAGUGGGCUUCUGGAUCAGAAACAUUCAGCUUAAGAUACCAGAUUCAGUGGUCCUUUUGGUGGGGACUCAUGUUGACCAGUGCACCAAUGAGACUGAAGUGAAAGAAAAGCAAAAAGACAUUGAAGAGAAUGUGGAGGAAAUGCUGAAAAAGCACAAGUUUAAUUUAAACCAGCGGAGAAAGAACCUCCAAGAUCUGGAGGGCCCAUCUCUGUACUCUGACCAGAUAGAUCAAACUGAAAGACUCACUGAGCACAAACUAAAGGUCCUUGAGCUUGUACUUAUAGAUUGCACAGAACCUCUGGAUAUUUACAGAUUGCACACUCGCAUCAAAAGUGAAGUCUUGAACAAAGAUACAUUCCCUAACAUAGAACAGACAUUACCUAGAUGCUACCAUGAGGUGGAGACUGAUCUCCAAGAGCUUCUGAAAAAUGGUGACAUUCCUCAGCAUGGAAUUGUCGCUCAAAAGGACCUCCUGAAUGAACUGCAGAAUAGACAUGGUGCACUGGACCAUGAAAAAUUGAAGUUAAUUCUUCAGUAUCUUCACCGAAUUGGGGUCAUUAUGUGGUACAAGGAAAUCCCAGAAUUGGCUGAUUCUUUGUUUGUGAAACCAUCAUUCCUCAUCUCAUUGUUCAAGACCAUUGUGAGACAUGACCUAGUCAAGGAGCUGAACGCUAUUUCCCCUGCAAUGCUGAAGUCAGAAAAUGCCCUUUUGAAAAACAAGAACAGAUGGAUCAGAGACUAUGAAGACAGAGCAACUUUAAGCAAUGUGGCUAUUAGGAUCCUGGUUCGUAAUGAGCUCCUAAAGUUAGGCUUUACUGAAGAAGAACUCAUUGAGGAGGUGGUUGGAUCCAGAAAGAGGGAAGGAAAUCUCCUUUCGUUGCUGAAACACUUUGAUGUUUGUUUGUCAUCCAAAAAUAAGAGUGACCUCGAUCCAAAAGCAAGUGAAUUCCAUCCAAAGAAAAAAUGGGUGGCCUCAAAUCCCCUUGUGUACGAGCCAGAUGCUUGUCUGUUCCCAAGUUACCUGACAAACAAUGAGCAGGUACAACAAAAAUGGGGAGAAGACAAUACAGAGGACCUCAACAUUCAUGUUUAUUUCCUACCUGAGAGACCACAUGGCUUUUUCCACAGGCUAGUCAUCAGGACAUGUACCUUUUACUCUCAAAACUGGAUUGGAAAAGACCAGUGUCUGUUCUUUUGUGGCAACAAACGUGUUCUGCUCAGAGAAAAAUGUAAUGAAGAAGACCAAUUCAUUGAGAUCCGCUGCAAACACAGUGAUCUUGCAACCUCAACAGAUAUUCAGAAAGCAUGGCAAGUGAUAAAGGUGAUCAUGCACCGACUGACCAAACUCGCUGAGCAGUGGCAAGGGCUUUGCCUGAUUGUCCACAUUCCCUGCAAGGCUCCUGGCUGCUCAGACUACUUUGAAUGGAAUGACUGGCAAGACUGGUUAGAGGAUUCAGAAACAGACACAUUUAAUGUAGGACUAGAUGAGAAACAUACUUGCCGUUAUGGACACAAACGGAGGACAGAGUUGCUGUUCCCUAGAACUCCUAAUGCCUAGACCUGAUGGGAGGACGUGUGGGAAAAGCCUCAAUGACCCACAUCAAACUGCACUUAUUUCAUUUGUAAAAACAGCAUGAAAUACAACUUGAAAAUUGUUUACUUAAAAUCAGUAAAUACUUAAUGUAUUUAAUGUACAUUGCUUAUUUAAUGUAGUCUAUAAUGGAGGAAACUUUAUUUCUGGGAGAAAGCAAGAUUUCUUAGAAGUUUACUUGAUGUGUUCAAUAGAUAAAACACAUUGUAGGUACAUAUAGUCACCGCCAGGGGGUGGUCUUUAUUAAUUUACACUUCAGAAGUUGUUUGACAGAAUCAGUGGUGGAGGGCCAGAAUCAGGCAAAGUUUUACUGUUGUAGAGUCCUUUAUCAUGUAAUGAAUUGUCUCAAUAAAGUUAUCCAGAUUCCAUAACACCACAAGAUUUACCAAAGUCACU